AUGACUGUGGAGCUGGAGACUGCAAACAACCAUGGAGGAGGUGAAGCUGUCACGGCUCUGGAGCUUCUCCAGAGGGAGAAAGAGUGUGGAAGCAUCACCACCUUCUCCUCACAGCUGGACCGCGCCCUUAAAGGAGGACUUCCUGUUGGGAAGGUGACAGAAAUCUGUGGAGCGCCAGGAGUCGGAAAAACACAGCUGUGCCUGCAGCUGUCCGUGGACGUCCAGGUGCCUCUGAGCUUUGGGGGUCUGGAGGGUCAGGUGAUCUUCAUGGACACCGAGGGCAGCUUUGUUCUUCAGAGAGUUGGUGACGUUGCAGCUGCCGUUGUCAGACAUUUCUCGCUUGUGGCUGAGGAUGGCGAGCAGAAAGACGCCAUGCAGACUUUCGAUAUGGAGUCCAUUUUGUCCAACAUCUUCUUGGUGCGUUGCCACGAUUACGUGGAGCUGCUGGCUGAACUCCACCUGCUGCCAGACUUCCUGCGGGAUCAGCCGAGAGUCCGCCUCCUCGUGAUUGACAGCGUGGCCUUCCCCUUCCGGCAACAGCUUGAUGACUUGUCGCUAAGGACACGCCUACUCCAAGGCCUCGCCCAGCAGCUCGUCUCCAUAGCAACACGUCACAACAUCGCUGUGGUAAUCACCAAUCAGAUGACGACCCGGCUGCAGGACAGCCAAUCACAUCUGGUACCAGCCCUCGGGGAGAUUUGGGGCCACGCCUCCACCACCAGGAUCCUUCUGCAGUGGGAGGGGUCACGGCAAGUGGCGGCCAUUGUUAAAUCUCCCUGUUGCAUGGACACGGCCGUUCAAUACCACAUCACCUCUGAGGGUUUUAGAGACGUGAACCAACCAGAAAACUCUGACCAACCAGAGAUCCCUCUGACCGAGCGGAGAUCCCUCUGACUGACUGGAGAUCCCUCUGACCAACCAGUGAUCCCUCUGGCUAACGGGAGAUCCAUCUGAUCGACCGGAGAUCCCUCUGAUCGACCGGAGAUCCCUCUGAUCGACCGGAGAUCCCUCUGACCGACCGGAGAUCCCUCUGAGCGACCAGAGAUCCCUCUGACCAACCAGUGAUCCCUCUGGCUAACGGGAGAUCCAUCUGAUCGACCGGAGAUCCCUCUGACCGACUGGAGAUCCCUCUGAGCGACCGGAGAUCCCUCUGAGCGGCCGGAGAUCCCUCUGACGAACCAGUGAUCCCUCUGACCAACCAGUGAUCCCUCUGGCUAACGGGAGAUCUUUCUGAGCGACCAGAGAUCCCUCUGACUGACCAGAGAUCCCUCUGACCGAGCGGAGAUCCCUCUGAGCGGCCGGAGAUCCCUCUGACCAACCAGUGAUCCCUCUGGCUAAUGGAAGAUCCUUUUGACUGACCGGAG